AUGCAGGAGAUGGACUGGCUGAUCGGACAGAUAAUAGACAAUGUUGACCACAACACUCUGGUCUGGUUUACAGGUGACAACGGACCCUGGGCGGAGAAGUGUGACCUUGCAGGAAGUACAGGACCGUAUACAGGAGCAUGGCAAACAGCACACGGUGGUAGCGCAGCAAAACAGACAACAUGGGAAGGUGGCCAUCGUGUCCCCACCAUUGUGUACUGGCCAGAGGUGGUUCCAGAAAACAGGACAAGCUCUGCCCUGCUGAGCAUGCUGGACAUUUUCCCCACAAUAGUAAGUCUGGCAAAUGGCACUCUUCCAGCCAAUCGGCAGUUUGACGGUAUAGACAUCUCUGCGAUCCUCUGUGGAAGGGCACAAACAGGACACCAGAUCCUUUAUCAUCCCAACAGCGGAGCAGGAGGGCAGUAUGGAGACAUAGAAGCAAUUCGGUUGGGUCCAUACAAGGCUUUUUAUACCACAGGUGGAGCAUUGAGCUGUGAUGGGAAGAUCGGACCUGAGCGACAUCAUAACCCUCCUUUAGUUUUUAACAUUGAGCGUGAUCCACAGGAAGAGACACCCCUGGAGACAAGCAGCAAAGAGUUUCAGCAAGUGCUGCCAAUGAUCAAGGAAGCCAUUUCUGCAAUUCACCAAAAUGUCCGCAAAGACAAUGUGUCCACAGCUGACUAUUCCCAGGACAGGUCUGCCAUAUUGUGCUGUAACCCCCAGCAUAUUGUGUGCCGCUGUACAGAGCCAUGA